AUGAGUGCUGCUCCAUUGGAUUACAAAAAGGCUUUAGAACAUUUGAAGACAUACAGUUCCAAGGACGGUCUUUCUGUCCAGGAAUUGAUGGACUCCACAACUAGAGGUGGGUUGACCUACAAUGAUUUUUUGGUCUUACCAGGCUUGGUCAAUUUCCCAUCUUCUGCUGUCAGUUUGCAAACCAAAUUGACCAAGAAAAUCACUUUGAACACUCCUUUUGUCUCUUCUCCUAUGGACACAGUCACUGAAGCUGAUAUGGCUAUUUAUAUGGCUUUAUUGGGUGGUAUUGGUUUCAUCCAUCACAACUGUACUCCAAAGGAACAGGCUUCCAUGGUCAAGAAAGUUAAAAUGUUUGAAAACGGUUUCAUCAAUUCUCCAAUAGUAAUUUCUCCAACCACCACUGUUGGUGAAGUUAAGGUUAUGAAGAGAAAGUUUGGUUUCUCUGGCUUCCCAGUUACUGAAGACGGUAAGUGUCCAGGUAAGUUAGUUGGGUUAGUCACCUCUCGUGAUAUACAAUUCUUAGAAGAUGAUUCUUUGGUUGUUUCUGAAGUCAUGACUAAAAAUCCAGUUACUGGCAUCAAGGGUAUUACUUUGAAAGAAGGUAAUGAAAUCCUAAAACAAACCAAGAAAGGUAAAUUGCUUAUCGUUGAUGAUAACGGUAACCUCGUUUCCAUGUUGUCAAGAGCGGAUUUGAUGAAGAAUCAAAACUACCCGUUAGCUUCUAAAUCCGCCACCACCAAGCAAUUGCUAUGUGGUGCUGCAAUUGGUACUAUCGAAGCUGAUAAGGAAAGAUUAAGACUAUUAGUCGAAGCAGGUUUGGAUGUUGUUAUCUUAGAUUCCUCUCAAGGUAACUCUGUUUUCCAAUUGAACAUGAUCAAAUGGAUUAAAGAAACUUUCCCAGAUUUGGAAAUCAUUGCUGGUAACGUUGCCACCAGAGAACAAGCUGCUAACUUGAUUGCUGCCGGUGCCGAUGGUUUAAGAAUUGGUAUGGGUUCUGGGUCUAUUUGUAUCACUCAAGAAGUUAUGGCUUGUGGUAGACCACAAGGUACAGCUGUCUACAACGUUUGUCAAUUUGCUAACCAAUUUGGCGUUCCAUGUAUGGCUGAUGGUGGUGUCCAAAACAUUGGCCACAUCACCAAGGCUUUGGCCCUUGGUUCCUCCACCGUCAUGAUGGGUGGUAUGUUAGCUGGUACUACCGAGUCACCAGGUGAAUACUUCUACAAGGAUGGUAAGAGAUUGAAGGCUUAUCGUGGUAUGGGGUCCAUUGACGCCAUGCAAAAGACCGGUAACAAGGGUAAUGCCUCUACUUCUCGUUAUUUCUCUGAGUCAGACAGUGUCUUGGUUGCACAAGGUGUUUCUGGGGCUGUCGUAGACAAAGGUUCCAUCAAGAAGUUUAUUCCAUAUUUGUACAACGGUUUACAACAUUCUUGUCAAGACAUUGGUUGCGAAUCUCUAACUUCAUUGAAAGAGAAUGUUCAAAAUGGUGAAGUUAGAUUUGAAUUCAGAACCGCUUCUGCUCAAUUAGAAGGUGGUGUCCAUAAUUUGCACUCCUAUGAAAAACGUCUAUACAAUUGA